UGUGUUUCUUAAAAGCAAGGUCGAAUUGGAUCGUUUUAGCUACAGAACUCUUGACGCUUUUUACAGUUAGUUCGAGAUUAAGAGCAUAACGCUGUAGCCAGAGAGCUGCAUUUUAACUCAUACUGCUAAGACAGCUAGCAUAGCUAGCUGCUUUUCUUUUGGAAAACCUGUUGGAAGUCACCUCUGCGGUAUGGCGGAAAGGGGCGCUCACCUCACCACAGCCCCUGCAGACGAUCGACCCUCGAUUUUCGAAGUCCUCGCGCAGGACUCUUUGAUGGGCGCUGUCAGGCCAGCCUUGCAACACGCAGUGAAGGUUUUGGCAGAGUCCAACCCCGCCCGGUAUGGAUUGCUUUGGCAGUGGUUUGAUGAGAUCUACACCACUCUCGAUUUGCUGCUGCAACACCAUUUCUUGUCGCGGACAAGUGCUUCAUUUUCUGAGAACUUCUAUAGCUUGAAGCGUGUGGUAACGUCAGGACGUGGUCGGCCGGCGCAUCUCGGGCUCCUCCGAAAGCAGCACUGGCGUUCACUGCUGUUGUUAGCUCUUGUGCCUUACCUGCGUGCCAAGCUGGAAAAAAUUUUGGCCAGACUGAGGGAUGAAGAUGACUUUUCUAUUCAGUUGCCUCAGUCACCCUGGCACCGGAUGUAUAGGGCCUUCCUGGCUGCAUAUCCCUUCGUCAGCAUGGCUUGGGAAGGCUGGGUCUUCUGCCAACAGCUGCUCUAUGUCUUUGGCCGGACGUCACGUCACUCACCUCUUCUGUGGCUGGCAGGGGUCAGGCUGGUGCACCUCACUGCACAGGACAUCCGCAACAUGGACCUGAAGCCCAGCGCCCCUUCCUCAGCCCCCAGCCAAAGUGUUGGCCAGAGGCUCCAGCGGCUGUUGUCCACAGCAGUGGGUGGAGUGGCCUUGUCCCUGUCCAGCAGUCUGUCUCUCGGAGUGUUCUUCUUGCAGUUCCUGGAGUGGUGGUACUCCUCAGAGAACCAGAGCACCAUCAAGUCCCUGACCUCCCUCCCCACACCACCCCCUCCACUCCACCUCGAUCAGCUCCAGGACCAAACUGGACUGGCCGUAAACAAUAUCUGUCCCCUCUGCCAUAAGGUCCGUGCCAAUGACACUGCUCUGGCCACUUCCGGUUAUGUUUUCUGUUACCGCUGCGUCUACAUGUACGUCAAAGCCCACCAGCAAUGUCCGCUGACGGGCUACCCCACUGAACUACAGCAUCUCAUCAAGAUCUACUCACCUGAAGGGUAGACAUACAGGAGCCCAAACACUGACUUGGCCCUCUCUGAUAUCCCUCUGUGCACAUUAUCAGAGGCACACAGACCUUUCAGAACACACCUAGCGUUCUCUUGAUUCUUCUCAGAAAAAGAAUAAAGUUGAAGAUGCUCUCCAGAAGCUGAAUCCACUGAGAAUGUAACCAGCUCCAUGCAGUCUGCACAGGCAAAGGGAGAUUUUCUGUAGCAUACUCAAAUCAUCCUGUCCCGCUCCAUUUUUGUAAAGGGCUAACACUAUUUUUUCUAAGUAAAUGUUUGAAAUUUAUAUCCCAUCGCAUGCCCUGGCCUAGUGUACUUCUGUCAGACUAUGCUGUGGAUCGUCUAGUGCCAUUUCAUGCAA